GAUUUUGGUUUUUACCCAUGAUCGUUUUCCUCGCGUGAUAAGAGAGAACUUUACCGCAGUUAUACUUUAGUUACCUCAGCACUUUCCACACGCUGCUCUUUAUAUCUUCCCCUCUUUUUCUUCUCUGCUACCCCGGCUGAUUAUUGUUCUCUCCUGCUUUUGCCUGUCUGGAUCUAUGGAUGCCUUCUCCCCACCACCUCUUCUUCUUCUUGUUGUUGUUCUUUUCCUUCUUCUUCGUCGUCCUUUUUUCCCCCUGGUUCCUUCGCCGGCGACGCCGCCAUCGUUUGCUUCUUUUGCUGCUUUCCUACGCCCCUAAUAUGUGAUACAUUGGUUUUGUCUCGGGUUAUUAUUAACUUCAUCGUCUGCGCAAAAGAAGAAGAGGGGAGAAAAUGAACCGAAUUUAGCCUUAACUUAUAAUCUAUUUGUUUACUUGAUUUUUUUAUUCGAUGAUAAUCUAUGAUUUGUUGGUUUCCUUGUAUUUUGCUUGCAGCGAAGAACAAGCUGAAGGAAUUGCUUACAGCGUGCUUCCGUUAGACACAUUUGCGGAGAACAAGUUGAAGGAAUUGCUUACAGGGUUCUUCCGUUACACAGGUUAUUUGCUGUCCUGGCUUGUUACGUUGCUUCAUCAACGUGAAGUGAUCCACGGAGUCCCAUUGUGCUAUCACUGUUAGUCGCUGUCGCAGUUUUUUACGUCGCUUGAUCAACGUAAAGUAGCCUGCAGACUUUCAUUGUGCCGCCACAGUUAAUCGUUGUUGCAGCUUUUUACGUCGCUUGAUCAACGUGAAGUAGCCCGCAGACUUCCAUUGUGCCAUCACAUCAAUGCAGCCGCAUGCAGUUCAGGCGUACCAAGAAACUGAUCCUUCAACAUCAUCUUCAUCCACACAUCGCGCGCGAUCUAGGCGUGGAGCUCGCAGAGAGCGAACUGAAUGUCGACGCAAACGGCGGAGAUUAUUAGAUCAACAGAGAUUGGCGCAGACAGCAACGCUAGAUGGUAAUAGAAUAUCAUUAGAAUGUGGCCACUUCAGCCAAGAUUACAUCGAUGCUCUAAAAGGAUUGCGAUAUGCCGUUUGAUCUUCUCCCAACGUUGCAUCCAAAGUCCAAACAUUGGACAAUAUGUGCGCGUGUCUCACGCAAGUGGGAGUAUCGUGGUGGCACCGACGAUGGACCAAUAGCCCACAUUGACCUUGUUCUUAUAGAUGAACAGGGUAAUGCAAUAUAUGCUGAAAUACCAAACUCAGAAAUAGAAAGGAAAGAUCCUUUGCUCCAAGAAGGUGGUAUCUACGUUAUGAGCCGCUUCAGAGUCUCAAAUUCCAAAACCCUGUACAGGCCAGUUGAUGCACCAUAUAUGAUUGAAUUUACUUGCUACACUAAGAUAACUCCAGCGAGAGAUCCACCAGAAACAUUCCCAAGAUAUGUCUACAAACUCACACCUUUUCUUGAACUACCUCAUUAUACUGGUGAAAACAAGAAUUUCCUGGAUGUGAUUGGCAUCGUCACUGAAGUUUCAGACACAUCUCUCAUACAACUUGCAAAUCGGUCAACUCCUACUGUAAGCAGACACAUCAUGCUUAAAGACCUAAACAAUGUUGAGGUUAAACUGACACUGUGGGGACAGCGAGCCACGCAGUUUACCAUUGAUGAAAUUUAUAAUGAACAACAAGCUACACCGGUUGUUAUUCUUGUUGUUGGCAAUCUCAUGAAAACUUUUGCAGGUGAAGAAUACCUAAGUGGAAACGCAGCAUGUCACUGGUAUUUCAAUCCUUCAAUCCCAGAAGCUGAACCAUUCUAUAACACUAUCCAAAACCAACAACUGGUGAUCAAACGCACUGCUGCCUCCACACAGCAACCUCCAUCCACACUAAAACCAAUUCAAGUUGAAGAUAAGCAGCUCCAAGAUUUAGAAACAAUGAAUCCAUACGACUUUCCGGAAAAUGGAUGCCGCUGCACUGUGACAAUUACUCGCUUGGUUCAAACCACAGCAUGGUGGUUUGCAUCAUGCAACAAAUGCAGUCGUGCUUGCACUCCAGAUGGCCCAGGAUAUAAAUGCACCACAUGUUCUUGCACAGGCUAUCGCUUCAAGUACAAAUUAUGCUUUGUAGCAAAUGACGGCACUGUUGAAGCUGAAAUGGUUGCUUUUGGUGAAGUUGGACGGCGCAUAGUUGGUAAACCAGUUCAGCAGGUCCUGAGAGCCACAAGAAUUGGAAAUGAUAUCCCACCGGACAUUGCAGCUAUAGUUUCACUGAAAUUCACCUUUGCAAUUACCCUGACGAAUCAAAGUUACUACAGCCCGGAAAAAUCAUACCAGACACUUCCCCCUUUACUAGACUAUACUGAAUCAGUAUCCAAGAAAUCUCAACUUUGGGAUGCUGCUGAUGCCUCUAGCCACUCUGGUGCUAAAAGAAAGCUCUUUCGAGAAAGCCCAGAUGCAACAAAGGAAACCAAUAUAAGCUAUAAGAAGAGCAAAACCAGCAAUGCCAGAUUGACAGAUGACCCACAACCACAAUCAACAAGCAAAAAGUCACCUCUCCUGACUCAAAGCCGUCUGAACCAAAGGUUGAUGAAGCUCAGUAGCUGCUUCACGUCACCUGCACAACACUGCUAACCAAUGUAGCUGCAGCAUUCACACGCUGAAGAAGUAUUUGCCUUUUGCCAUGAAAAGAAGCCAGUUUUUCUUUUGGACUGCUUUUGACCAUAUGUUGCCCAGCCUCAUGACAAAUCAGAAUGUAGAAAACCAUGUUACAUACUAUGCAUAACUGCCUCCUGUAUAGAAUGAUAUCAGUGUCAGUAUUAUCUAGAGUGCUAAGUGUCUGCACCCUA